AUGGCCGAUCUCUCUGCCGUUGUUCCCGACGAGCACGCCUCGCCUUCGCAGGACGACCUGCAGCAGCCUGGCAACGGUGCCGUCGACCGCAAGCGCGGUCGCAUGAGCGCUGCUGGCGACGACGACGACGACGAUGACGACAAGACCGGUCGCGAGCGCCGCAAGAUCGAAAUCAAAUUCAUCCAGGAUAAGUCGCGUCGCCAUAUCACCUUCUCCAAGCGCAAGGCCGGUAUCAUGAAGAAGGCCUAUGAGUUGUCUGUCUUGACCGGCACCCAAGUCUUGCUUCUUGUCGUGUCUGAAACCGGUCUGGUCUACACCUUCACCACGCCGAAGCUGCAGCCCUUGGUCACCAAGCCAGAGGGCAAGAAUCUUAUCCAGGCGUGCCUCAACGCACCCGAACCGUCUUCGGAGAAUGGCGUCGACGCUACUGAUCUUCCCGCCGAGUCACCCGAAGACGUCCCUCACAGCAGCGUGAAUGCUCCUCAGGCGAAUAUCCCUCGCCCCGGCGGCCUGCAGCCGGGCUAUAUGACACAUGACCAGCAGCAACAGAUGGCUUACUACCAAAACCUCCAACAACAACAGCAGCAAGCCCAGGCUGGCGGCCAAUAUCCUGGCAUGCCCGUCGGAGGCAGGAUGCCACCGCCGCACCAGCCUGCUGCUUAA